CAACAUUUCUGGGGUUUCUUCUUCUCUCUACAAAAGUCUAUAAAUAUGUACAAGCUGAACUUAACUUUAAUAACCCACAAAGCUAGAUCUUAAAAAUAAAAUAAAAUCUUUUCUUUUCAUAGCCAAUAUCUCAAAUCACAUUUUUAUUCAUCUUUAUUGAACCUGAAAAUCCACCAUCACCAUUAUCAUAUUCUUUGAUAUUUUUCUCUUCGCUGAAAUAAAAAAUUUCUUUUACGUUAAGACUCCAAGAAUCCGGGACGGUUUCUGUUGCGAUAACCUUUUGUGUGUUUACAGUUUGAAAAAUGGAAGAAAAUAAUGAUGUUUUUCAGACCAAGUUCAGUCCCAAAAUCUCAGAAAUAAGAGCUUCUUUGUCGCAGAUCAUAUUAGCAGGAGGACCAAACACGCUCGACUCAAUCUUCUCUCUUCUCACUCCCUCCUCCCGAGAGUCCUCCACAACAUCCCUAGACACUCUCAAUCCUCCACCGCAACAGCUCGGCUCCUCCGUCUAUCUCCAGCAACGAGAUCUUAUCGAGAGACUCCACCUCCAAAACAGAGCGGUCUCCACUCCUCCUCCUCUGUUUUCCUCAUCCGCAGCUUUCGCCGCUUCGUUGGCGGCUGGGACGGCCAAAAGGAAGAAGCUAUACAGAGGAGUGAGGCAGAGACACUGGGGAAAAUGGGUCGCCGAGAUAAGACUGCCGCAGAAUAGAAUGAGGGUUUGGUUAGGUACUUACGAGACGGCGGAAGCCGCCGCCUACGCUUACGAUCGCGCCGCCUAUAAGCUCCGCGGAGAAUACGCUCGUCUCAACUUCCCAAAUCUCAAGGACCCGAGCGAGCUGCUCGGACUCGGUGAUUCCUCUAAGCUAAUAGCUCUCAAAAGCGCCGUCGACGGGAAGAUCCAAACGAUUUGCCAGAGAGUCAGAAGAGAGAGAGCCAAGAAGAGCGGAAAAGGAAGCAAAGAUUCUUCCACCGCGACGGCGGACUCUUCGUAUUCAUCCUCGUCGGAGAUUCUUUCUUCUCCGGCGGAAGCGGUGACUGCCACUGUGGUUAGUUCAGAGGAUAGUUACCGGAGUUCGCAGAUGGGUCUGUGGAAUAGCGAGAAGAGCUAUCCGGCGACGACAACAUCGACGGCGGAGGAGGAAGACACGAUGAUGGGAGUGGAUACUGAUGGGUUUUUGCUUGCGAGGAUGCCGUCAUUCGAUCCUGAGCUUAUUUGGGAAGUUCUCGCCAAUUAAAACACACAAACUGAAUUUUGAUCACAUCAAUCAUAUGGAGAGUAAAAGAAAACUUGGGAAUCAAGAAAUGAUGAGAAGAUUAGGGGUUUAGGUGUGAAUUAGGGUUUAAAAUAAACCGGAUCUUUUGUUAAAAUCGCUCGAAAGUCGUUAAAUAAUGGAAUAUUAAAACUUAAGCCUCGUAGUUUUUGAGAGAGGUUGUGAAAGCUCCUUUUUUGAAUAUAUAUUGUUAUCAUCCAAGGACUUUCUGAUUGUACUGUGAACCACUAUUAAUACGUUACAGUUUUAUUUGAGCAA